AUGAGUCCCUUCAAGAGCUCCCUGCUGGCACUCGUCCUCCUUGCGCUUUCCAUGCACGGCUUCCCCCAUGUCGUCCGUGCCAAGAUCCAUGUAAAUGUGACAGAUAGCUUGGGCGCAGCCUCAGACCCGAUGACGCUUCACUGCCAAUCAAAAGACAACGACUUGGGGCCACAUAACCUCUCCGACGGACAGUUCUUCUCCUGGCAUUUUGAACUGAACUUUUGGGGCACAACUCUCUUCUUCUGCAGGGUGGAUUGGCAAGACAAGUUUCUGUAUUUCAAUGCGUAUGAUUACAAAAACCACCCCUUCCAAUGCGACAAUAAUCUGUGCGAUUGGCACGUACAACCUGAUGGAGCCUACUUCCUCCCCGCCGGCAUCGAUCACUACGUUCUAGAGGCAUGUCGACCUUCUCCUCGUUCAAAUGGUUUCACUCAGCAUAUCUCUUUUGUGGUUCCUCUUAGAGCUAGUUGA